AGAAGGUGGGAAAGGAAAGGGGCAGGGCAAGCAAUGGAGGGGGGCGGGCUGGCUCGGGUCGGGGCACGCUGAUGAGCACGGGCAUGCUUGUGUGGAUAAGUUGUGGGUCCCACCCGCAUGCGAGUAACUGGUGGGUCCCGCGUGUCAUAACUCAAAUCGCUAACCCUCGUGUUUUUCAUUUCACGGUUAAACAGAGCCAUGUCGCAUUGAAGCUAUUUACACGCUUAAAUGUGUCGCAUCACAGCCAUUCAUUCAAACUACAUCGCACUCCUUCUAAUUCGCAUGAAAAACGUCGCACAGGAGCUAUUGGCCCGUCUCCUUUGUCUGCACGGCUGCAGGCCUGCGUGGUAGAGCCGGACUGCACAGAUAGACACACGCCUCAUGAUGUGAUCGGGCCAUAUAAAUCUAGCCUAGAGAUUCACGACAAGUACACGAGGCAGCGGGAACCAGGCCGAAAAUCGGCAGCAACAUGGCCUGCCGCCUCGCCCUCACCAGGGCUGCGAGGCGGGUUUACGGUGCGGCGGCUGCUGUUCCUUCCUCCAGGGUAUCUGCUGCAAAAACCAUUGGCGCAGGUAUGUAGACCUAGAGCUUCAAAUCGAUAUACUUGUGUGGCAACUGCCAACUACCCGACAGACAGCGAGAAGAUUAGCAUGGCCCCUGGGAAAGGAUGACAGGCAGAAGAAAAAAAGAACUAGUAUUGUUUUCAGUUACCUGCAUCCUGUUGGUUGGCUGCGGCCAUUGCCAUGGAGGAACUGAUAAUAUAGGCUUCCUUCUGUAAAACUUAUGAUACACUUGGUGCAUGCUUGGU